AAGGAAGAAGGAAGAUGACAAGUCUCCGAGUGGAGAGGGUGACGAAACAGCGUUGAAGUCGCGAAUUCGCAAAGUUAAGUUCACAAUCUCUGACAUUCAUGUUAAAAAAGCGCGCUUUUACAAAACUCCUAGUCUCUUAAAUAAUGCCAUUGCCAUAGCUUCCGAUCAAACGUUCUUAUUCAGUCCCCUUCAAAAUCAAGUUCUCACCUUUUAUAUUCUCUUGAUCUUUGUGGGUUUAGUGUUGGUGAGGUGUCAGAGUAAUCAAGUUCUCACCUUUUAUCCUCUUUCUCAUUCUGGGUCUGAGAGUUUCAAAUUUUCAGUCUUGAUUCGUCUAUUGAGAGAUUUCAACACAGAUGAUGAAUCUUGGGUUACUUGGAAUUACUCUGCUUUGCUGUCUCUUUGUCUCUUUCCGUAUAGGUUCUGUCUCAUGUCUAAACUCGGAUGGUUUGGCUUUACUUUCGCUUCUCAACCACUUCGACAAAGUACCACCUGAAGUCAAUUCCACGUGGAAGAAGAACACAUCUGAAGCCACUCCGUGUAAUAACUGGUUUGGUGUCAUCUGUGAUGAUGAUUCAGGUAACGUCAAGACUCUUAAUCUGAGUGGGUCUGAGGUUUCGGGCCAAUUAGGCUCUGAAAUAGGGGAGCUUAAGAGCUUGAUCACUCUGGAUCUGAGUAACAAUAGUUUCUCUGGUCGGUUGCCUUCCAGUUUACGAAACUGUACUUCACUUCAGUACUUGGAUUUGUCUGAAAAUGGGUUUUCCGGAGAGAUUCCAGUUACUUUUGGCAGCUUGAAGAAUUUGACUUAUCUGUAUCUCACUUCAAACUUCUUCAGUGGCGAGUUGCCUGAGUCCUUGUUCCAGCUUCCCUUGUUACAAGUGCUGAAUCUUGACCGCAACAAUCUUACCGGUCUGAUUCCUGCAAGUGUUGGUGGGUUGAAAGAGCUUUCAGAUCUGACCUUGUCUUAUAAUGAGUUGUCUGGUCCCAUCCCUGAGUCCAUUGGGAACUGCAGUAAGCUGGAGUAUCUGUACUUGCACAAGAACAAGCUUAAUGGUUCGUUACCGGAGAGUCUCAACCUGCUCAAGAAUCUCAGCGAAGUGUUUGUCAGCAACAACAGCCUUGGAGGGAGGAUUCGUUUCGGUUCAAGCAACUGCAAGAAGUUGGUGACUUUGGAACUGUCAUACAAUGAUUUCGAAGGUGGUGUUCCUCCUGAACUUGGCAACUGCAGUAACCUUGACUCUUUACUCAUCAUCAAAUGCAACUUGACUGGUAAUAUUCCAUCAUCAUUGGGUAUGUUAAGAAAGGUUACGCUUAUUAACCUCGGCGACAAUCGUCUCUCUGGGAAUAUCCCUCAUGAGCUUGGGAGCUGCAGCAGCUUACAUACUUUGAAGCUGAAUGGCAACCAGCUCCAAGGCGAGAUACCCGCUGCAUUGGGUAACCUAAAGAAGCUACAAAGCCUGGAGCUUUUCGAGAAUAAGCUGUCUGGGGAGAUUCCUAUCAGCGUAUGGAAGAUUCAGAGUCUGACACAGAUGGUCGUUCACAACAACACUCUCACCGGAGAACUACCAGCUGAAGUUACUGAGCUGAAGAAUCUUAAGAAGCUUUUGAUGUUUAACAACAGCUUUCAUGGAGGGAUACCGAUGAGUUUAGGUGUGAACAGAAGCUUGGAGGAGGUGGAUCUUAUUGGUAACAGUUUUACAGGGGAGAUACCUCCCAAUCUCUGCCAUGGACAGAAGUUAAGGGUUUUUAACUUGAAUUCUAAUCAGCUUCAUGGUAGCAUUCCACCGUCUGUGGGUCAGUGUAAGACCCUCGAGAGAAUCUGGCUUGGAGGAAACAAGCUUUCUGGUGUUCUUCCUGAGUUUCCUGACACACAUAGUCUUGAGUUUGUGGAAAUCAAAGGCAACAACAUUGAAGGAUCCAUCCCUCACAGCUUGGGAAGCUGUAAAAAUCUCCAGACAAUCAUCCUUUCUCAGAACAAACUCACCGGUCUGAUACCUCCAGAACUGGGAAAUCUACAAAACCUCCAACGGUUAUAUCUGUCACAUAAUCACCUAGAAGGUCCUCUGCCAUCUCAGCUAUCAGGCUGUGUGAAAAUGCUGGAGUUUGAUGUCGGGUCCAACUCAUUGAACGGUUCUGUUCCAUCGACUUUCAGCAGCUGGAAAAGCUUGACUACUUUGGUUCUCAGCAAUAAUCGGUUUUCAGGAGCCAUUCCACCGCUCUUGGCAGAGUUUGGCCGCCUAAUAGAUCUCCAGGUAGCUAGAAACGCUUUUGAAGGUAAGAUUCCUUCCUCUCUUGGCUUGUUAAAGCACCUGAACAGCUUAGACCUCAGUGGAAACAGAUUCACCGGUGAGAUUCAAUCCUUUCUGGGAGGUCUUGUCGUUCUCGUAAGGCUCAACAUAUCCAACAAUAAGUUGACAGGGAACUUAUCCGUUCUUCAAAGUCGUAGUUUCUUUCAGCUUGACGUCUCGAAUAAUCAGCUCACUGGUCCUAUACCGGAAAUGCUGAUAAAUAGUUCAUCAGUAUUUACUGGAAACCCAAGCCUCUGCAUUCAACCUUCUCACUCAGUAAGUGCUGUGAUCCGGAAAGAGUUUAAAACUUGCAAAGGUCAAGCCAAACUUAGCACCUGGAUGAUUGCCCUUAUAGCGGUUGGUUCCUUUCUAUCUGCAUUGGCUUUGCUUUUUGCUUUAGCUUUUGUUUUUCUCUUCUGCAAACGAGGAGUCAAGACAGAAGAUGCUCCUGUCCUCGUCGAUGAAGAAGAAGGCCUUUCCUUACUGCUUAACAAAGUUCUCACAGCCACUGACAAUCUAGACGACAAGUACAUCAUUGGAAGAGGAGCUCAUGGAGUUGUUUACAAAGCCUCAUUAGCCCCAGGCGAAGAAUACGCCGUGAAGAAACUCAUCUUCGCGGAACACGUACAUGCAAACCAGAAUAUGAAGAGGGAGAUCGAGACGAUCGGGCAAGUUAGGCAUAGAAAUCUCGUUCGGUUGGAAAGGUUUUGGAUCAGGAAAGAAAAUGGCCUGAUGCUGUACAAGUACAUGCCCAAUGGAAGCCUAUACGAUGUUCUGCACAGAAGUAAUCAAGGAGAAACAGGUCUUGACUGGUCUACAAGGUUUAACAUAGCUCUUGGGAUUGCACACGGGCUACAGUAUCUACACCAUGACUGUCAUCCACCAAUCAUCCACCGUGACAUCAAACCAGAGAACAUACUCAUGGACUCGGAGAUGGAGCCGCACAUUGGAGAUUUCGGAUUGGCUAGGAUUCUAGAUGACUCUACUAUUUCAACAGCCACCAUCACAGGCACCACUGGUUACAUUGCACCAGAAAAUGCGUACAAGACAGUGAGAUGCAAGGAAUCAGAUGUUUAUAGUUAUGGAGUUGUUUUGCUCGAGCUGAUAACGGGAAAGAGAGCAGUCGACCGAUCUUUCCCUGAGGAGACUGAUAUUGUGAGCUGGGUCAAGUCUGUGUUAAGCAGCUACGAGGAUGACGAUGAUUAUACUGUUAGUCAAAUCGUUGAUCCAAAGCUUGUGGAUGAGCUUCUGGAUACAAAGCUUAGAGAACAGGCAAUUCUGGUUACAGACUUGGCGCUUGUGUGUACAGACAAAAGGCCAGAGAACAGACCGUCAAUGAGAGAUGUGAUGAAAGAGUUGACUGAUGUGAAAGAUCUUGUAAGAAGCACUUCUGGUUCUGUUCAAUAAUUUUGGGUUUGACAGAUUUAUCAUAGCCACUAGUACUGAUUUAUUAUAAAUUAGCAUUGAGUAACAUUUGAAGAUCUGAGACAACAUAUAUGAUGUAUCCAAAAAUGCCUUUUAUAUUGCUUAAAUGAAAAUUGAGUAAUAGAGUUACAACAACA